UACAGCUAGAUGUAAGGACUUUGGCCCCAGAGCAGGAAGAAGAAGUCAGUUUGGUUUCAGCUUCGACACCUGCUGCAGUUCUGCCAUCAUGGUCGCUUUAACAUCAGUGUCAUUCGUGGUUUUGUUUGCAUGUUCAUGGAUCUUUGUUCUGUGUCAAGAGACACAGGAGGUGACAGUGAAGCCUGGAGAGAACGUCACUCUUCAGUGUCAGAGUCACAGAGAUGCUGACAUAGAAGUGAUAAAGUGGAUCAGAACUGACCUGAAGUCAGAUGAUGAUUUUGUCUUCUACUUCACCCCUAAUCAAACAAAUGGAGAGCACCAGAAUUCAUUGUUUCAGGGUCGAGUGGAGCUUCAACAUCCAGAGAAGAAGGACGGAGACGCUUCUGUGAUUCUGGAGAACGUCACCAUCAAGGACACUGGAACAUAUGAGUGUUGGAUUGCAGUGAAAAACAACACAAAACGCAGAAAGAGAGACGCACCUGAACCCAUCAGCACCAUCGAGCUGACAGUGAUAGGGACACAGGAGGUGAAGGUGAAGCCUGGCGAGGACGCCACUCUUCCCUGUCAGAGUCACAGAGAUGCUGACAUAGAAGUGAUAAAGUGGAUCAGACCUGACCUGAACACAGAUGGUUUUGUCUUCUACCUCAGCCCUGAUCAAAUAAACGGAGAGUACCAGAAUUCAUUGUUUCAGGGUCGAGUGGAGCUUCAAGGUCCAGAGAAGAAGAACAGAGACGCUUCUGUGAUUCUGAAGAACGUCAACAGCAACGACACUGGAACAUAUGAGUGUUUGAUUGCAGUGAAAAACAACACAAGACGCAGAAAGAGAGAAGCACCUGAACCCAUCAGCACCAUCAAGCUGACAGUGACAGAGACACAGGAGCUGAAGGUGAAGGCUGGAGAGGACGCCACUCUUCAGUGUCAGAGUCACAGAGAUGCUGACAUCACGGUGAUAAAGUGGAUCAGACCUGACCUGAAGUCAGAUGGUUUUGUCUUCUACCUCAGCUCUGAUCAAAUAAACGGAGAGCACCAGAAUUCAUUGUUUCAGGGUCGAGUGGAGCUUCAAGAUCCAGACAAGAAGGACGGAGACGCUUCUCUGAUUCUGAAGAACGUCAACAUCAACGACGCUGGAACAUAUGAGUGUUGGAUUGUAGUGAAAAACUCAGGACGCAGAAAGAGAGAAGCAGCUGAACCUAAACCCAUCCGCACCAUCGAGCUGACAGUGACAGAUCCAGGUCACACAGCUGGACACAAGGAGGGAGAUGUUUCACAGAUAGGUCAUGUGCUUGUUAUUGUUGGUGUUGGUUUUAUUAUCCUUAGAAAACAUAAAGGAUGCACAGAGCAUAAUUUAAGAGAAAAUUCUGUAAUGAUCUUUAUGUCUCAUAUAACCAGCUGUAUGCACGUGUUUCUGCUCAGCUUUCCUGGAUUGAGCUUAAUUUUUUGUAUUUAAAAGAAAAAUACAUGAUACUUAAAAAAAACUUACUUAAUAAAAAUCAAAACAGAUCAAAACAGAAAAUAGAAAAUAGUCCCCAAAAAGAAGGUCAUGAUGAGAAACGUGUAGGUCGUCCAGCUUUCCAUAGAUUUUUCUGUAGCAAAAAAUGUUACAGUUCUUAACAUUGCAUGUUUGCUGUGUAUUGAAGUUUAUUUUAAUGCACUUAAAAUGAGGGUAUUUGUUAUUUGAAUUUAAAAUACAUUUUGAUGCGUCUUUGACCAUCCCUGUAAUACAUGUAACAGUUAGAUGUUUUUUAUUUAUUUACAAAACACCCCAACAUUUAAUCAUGUUGUGAAGUUUAUUGCAGCUUCAGUUCACUUGUAUUUAUACAUUAUGUUUUCGUCCAUUGUUGCUCACCUCACACGUUUUCUCCCACCGUUUAUUAUUAAAGUAAUAAAUACGGAGCGUUACAUCAUGAUGCAGAGCUGCACUGAAAAGGCAGAAAAGGCAGAUGCAUGCUGUGUUUAACUCUGAGGUGCAGUGAGUGUUUAAGAGGAGAGAUUUAAAAGCAUUCACUUUCAAGAGUGUCAUUAAAUGAAACCCCGUAGCGGCCGUGUGCUCGGGCAUGUUGACUGGUGUAACACGGACACUGAGAUGCUCUAUGAUGCUUGUCAUCAUAGCAACAGAUCAUCAGACUGUGAUGAGUUUUGCAGCUUCAGUAAUAUCUGCUGGCUUCCCUUCGACACACAGCUCCACUGUUCACCUGAGAAAAUGUCUCCUGAGUGUUGAUGGGCUUUUAAUCGUGACUUGUAACCAAUCAGAUGGAGCCGUGGGCGGGACAUUAAGCAAGACUCCAGAGUGGAGAUUGCAGACAGACAGACAGAGAGAGCAUUGAUCACUCUGAGGGGGGGAUCAAUUUUGUCUCAGGCAGGGAUAUUGUUGAGAAUUAUUUUAGAGCAUUAUAGCCUAAAUUGUUAUCAUUAAUUACUAGAGCGAUGGUGGUCUACAUUGUCGUCAUUUAAAGUGUUAUUUUACAGUGUAAAGUUAAGAUCACAGUGUUAAAACUCUACAGCUCUGAGUGUGUGUGCUCCUUUCUGUAUCUAACUGCCAAGACUGCAGAAUGAGCACAGCGAGGCAUCAUCA